AUGGGGAACUCCGGUAGUUCGCAGAAGAUCUCGUCGCAGGAUCGGGCGAUUCUCGACCUCAAAAAUCAGCGCGAUAAGAUUUACCAGUAUCAGAAACGCAUCACCGUCCUCACCGACCGGGAAACCGAAAUCGCAAAGGAAUGUCUCGCGCGCAAUGAUCGGCGGCGGGCACUACUCGCUCUCCGGCGCAAGAAGUACCAAGAAUCACUACUCUCCAAGACCGAUAGUCAACUUGCACAGCUAGAACAGUUGACCGGCCAGGUCGAGUUCGCACUCGUACAGAAGGAUGUGCUGUUUGGAUUGCAACAGGGUACCCAGGUGUUGCAGGCUAUCAAUAAGGAGAUGGGUGGGAUUGAGGCUGUGGAUCGGUUGAUGGAGGAGACGGCUGAGGCUCGAGCUUAUCAAGAGGAGGUGAGCCAGAUGCUAGAGGGCAAUUUGUCGACGCAGGACGAAGAGGAUGUUGAGGAUGAACUCGAGGCUCUACAACGGGAGAUUGUUGGGCCUGUCGACCUACCUACUGUUCCCCAAGCUCUUCUUCCAGAACGCAGCGACGAAGUCGUGGAAGAGCCGGCGCAAGAACAGGCUAGGGCCAAGGACAAAGCCAAGACCCGAACACCUAUCCUGGCAUCUUGA